CCGAGCGCAGACUCCGGCCCGGCCCCGGCCUGGGCCCCGGCCCCCCGAGGCAUGCUGUGCGGCCGCUGGAGGAGCCGCCGGCGCCGGGAGCCCCCGGUGCCGGCCCAGGUCGCAGCGUCUGUCGCGUUCCCGCCCCCGCCCGCACCCCAGGACGGCAGCACCAGGAGGCCCGGGCUGCGAGCGCUGAAGAAGAUGGGCCUGACAGAGGAUGAGGACGUGCACGCCAUGCUGCGGGGCUCCCGGCUCUGCAAGAUCCGCUCGCGCAAGUGGCAGAAGGAGCGGCUGUACCGGCUGCAGGAGGACGGCCUGAGUGUGUGGUUCCAGCGGCGCAUCCCGCGCGCGCCGUCGCAGCACAUCUUCUUCGUGCAGCACAUCGACACCGUUCGCGAGGGGCACCAGUCCGAGGGCCUGCGGCGCUUCGGGGGAGCCUUCGCUCCGGAGCGCUGCCUCACCAUCGCCUUCAAGGGCCGCCGCAAGAACCUGGACCUGGUGGCGCCCACGGCCGAGGAGGCGCAGCGCUGGGUGCGCGGCCUGGCCAAGCUGCGAGCGCGCCUGGACGCCAUGACCCAGCGCGAGCGCCUGGACCACUGGAUCCACUCCUAUCUGCACCGGGCGGACUCCAACCAGGACAGCAAGAUGAGCUUCAAGGAGAUCAAGAGCCUGCUCAGAAUGCUCAAUGUGGACAUGAAUGACAUGUACGCCUACUGCCUCUUCAAGGAGUGUGACCGCUCCAACAACGAGCGGCUGGAGGGGGCUGAGAUCGAGGAGUUCCUGCUGCGACUGCUGAAGCGCCCCGAGUUGGAGGAGAUCUUCCACCGGUACUCGGGCGAGGACCGCGUGUUGAGUGCCCCUGAGCUGCAGGAGUUCCUGGAGGACCAGGGCGAGGACGGCGCCACGCUGGCCCAUGCUCAGCAGCUCAUCCAGACCUACGAGCUCAAUGAGACAGCCAAGCAGCAUGAACUAAUGACCCUGGAUGGCUUCAUGAUGUACCUGUUGUCGCCCGAGGGCGCCGCCCUGGACCAGGCCCACAAGCACGUGUUCCAGGACAUGGACCAGCCGCUCGCCCACUACUUCAUCUCUUCCUCCCACAACACCUACCUGACUGACUCCCAGAUUGGGGGCCCCAGCAGCACCGAGGCCUACGUUAGGGCCUUCGCCCAGGGGUGCCGCUGCGUGGAGCUGGACUGCUGGGAGGGGCCAGGAGGGGAGCCCAUCAUCUACCACGGCCACACGCUCACCUCCAAGAUCCUCUUCCGAGACGUGGUCCAGGUCGUGCGUGACCACGCCUUCACGCUGUCCCCAUACCCUGUCAUCCUGUCCCUUGAGAACCACUGUGGGCUAGAGCAGCAGUCUGUCAUGGCUCGCCACCUCCGCACCAUCCUGGGGGACAUGCUGGUGACACAGGCCCUGGACUCCGAGAACCCUGAAGAGCUGCCAUCCCCAGAGCAGCUGAAGGGCCGGGUCCUGGUCAAGGGGAAGAAACUGCCAGGUGUUCGGGGCGAGGACGGUCGAAUUCUCUCAGACCGGGAGGAGGACGAGGAAGAGGAGGAGGAGGAAGAGGAGAUGGAGGCUGUCGAACAGAAGCGCGGGGCCAAGCAGAUCUCCCCGGAACUGUCGGCCUUGGUUGUGUACUGCUGUGCCACUCGCCUGCGGACCCUGCGCCCUGCCCCUGCCCUGUCCCAGCCCUGCCACGUCAGCUCCCUCAGCGAGCGCAAGGCCAAGAAGCUCAUCCGAGAGGCAGGGAACAGCUUCGUCCGGCACAAUGCCCGCCAGCUGACCCGUGUCUACCCACUGGGGCUUCGGAUGAACUCCGCCAACUACAGCCCCCAGGAGAUGUGGAACUCAGGCUGUCAGCUGGUGGCCCUGAACUUCCAGACGCCGGGCUAUGAGAUGGAUCUCAACGCUGGGCGCUUCCUCGUCAAUGGGCAGUGCGGCUACAUCCUGAAACCCGAGUGCCUGCGGCGGCCCGACACCGACUUUGACCCGGAGUGCCCUGGCCCGCCCCGAACGACCCUCACCAUCCAGGUGCUGACCGCACAGCAGCUGCCCAAGCUGAAUGCGGAGAAGCCGAACUCCAUCGUGGACCCCCUGGUGCGCAUUGAGACCCAUGGGGUGCCAGUGGACUGUGCUCGAAAGGAGACCAACUACGUGCUCAACAACGGCUUCAACCCCCGCUGGGGGCAGACCCUGCAGUUCCAGCUGCGAGUUCCGGAGCUGGUGCUGGUCCGGUUCGUGGUAGAAGAUUAUGACACCGCGUCCCCCAAUGACUUUGUGGGCCAGUUUACACUGCCUCUCAACAGCCUGAAGCAAGGGUACCGCCACAUCCACCUGCUUUCCAAGGACGGGGCCUCGCUGUCACCAGCCACGCUCUUUGUCCAUAUCCAAACCCAGCACUCCUGAAGGCCGGGCGGACCGGCCUCGGGGCUCUGCCGACACAGGCGCGCCUGCCG